AGCUAAGUAUAUCACAGCCAACACCAUCCUUCACUCUCUCCCCUCUCCCGCCCCCCUCCCCUUUCUCAGGCACACACACUUUCAGUGUCUCUCUCCUCCAGUGAUGGAGAUUACUGACUAUUAUGGGCAAGGGAUUAAUUUGUAGCCAAUUACAACCCACUGCUAAAUAUGAAUGCAUAAAUAAGCUACAGCCUUGCCCGCGUGUGUGUGUGUGUGAGUGAGAGAGAGAGGGGUGCGGGGGACAUAAAUGUUUGGGUAGCUCUGUGAGGAUGAUGAGAAGAAAGAAGGAGCAACUGAGUGGAGCAUCACCCUCUGACUUCCUUUAUCCACGGGAGAAUCCAAUUCAGGUUGGACCUAGCCACGUGAAAUCCUGUAGACCUAAAGGAACCAGCUCGCCUCUGUGCUAAACUGACGAUAAACAAAGCAGCUCCCGAGUUGAUUGCAAGACAGGAGUUUCCAGCUGAAGUUCGCUGGAAAGGAAAGAGUUGCAAUUGGAAGGGGCUCUGGAAAGAGUCAUGAAUGUGAGCAGAGACAAGACUCAGGGGGGUGACAUCUCUAUCCCAGCAGCAAGCCAGGCUGGCAUUGUAGUGGAGCCAGUGUCCGGCUGCCGCCACGGGGAAAGCAUGGAAAGCCACGGGGACCAAAGACUUUCUUCCAGCAACGAGCUACCGGUCUAUUCGUGUCCUGGAAAUAGAGACAGGCCAGGCGACAAUCAGAGCAACACCCCUGGACAAGAGGGGGCAGGGGCAGCCCUGCCAGUGGUCCACAGAACCACCUCUUUUUCGGUGCUGGACAUCCUGGAUCCCAACAAAUUCAACAGCAAGAAGAGGCACUGUUCUGUGUUGUACAAAUCCGCAGGGAGCGAAUGCACUCUAGGGGCAGAGGAUAAACCCGAGGAGUCAGGAACGGAUCUAGCAGAUCAAAAGGCUCUGGCUGAAGAUUUUGAAACGUGCAAAAAGUCCUCGGACUUACUCAAGGAUGGGGAGCGGUGCAAGGCCCAGGAGCGCGACCUGGACUACGGCAGCAGGCCCAGCCCCAGCCCGGAGAGCGAGCUGCAGGACGAGGAGGAGCUGGGCAGCGAGGAGAGCAGCAGCAGCAGCAGCCUGGGCGGCGGGGGGGGGUCCGGCGAGGCAGAGCCCGGCCACCACCCGGAGGACGGGGAGCCAGGCAGCCAGCAGCACCAGCCGCAGCCGCCGGCCCAGCCUCCUGCCCCCGGCGGGGGCCCGCAGGCCAAGCCCAAGAGGAAGCGCACGGGCUCGGACUCCAAGUCGGGCAAGCCCCGGCGGGCGCGGACCGCUUUCACCUACGAGCAGCUGGUGGCGCUGGAGAACAAGUUCAAGUCCACGCGGUACCUGUCGGUGUGCGAGCGCCUCAACCUGGCGCUGUCGCUCAGCCUGACCGAGACCCAGGUCAAGAUCUGGUUCCAGAACCGCCGCACCAAGUGGAAGAAGCAGAACCCGGGCGCCGACACCAGCGCCCCGACGGGCGGCGGGGCGGGCGGCGGCGGGGCCGGGGGAGGCCUGGGGGGAGGCGCCCUGGGCGGGGGGCUGAGCCCGCUCAGCCACUCGCCGCCCAUGGGCAACCCGCUCUCCAUGCACGGCCCCGGGGGCUACCCGGGGCACCCCAGCGGGGGGCUGGUGUGCGCUGCCCAGCUGCCCUUCCUGCCCAGCCCCGCCGUCCUCUCGCCCUUUGUCCUGGGCUCGCAGACUUACGGGGCUCCGGCCUUCUACACCCCGCACCUAUAAACCUACCUCCCCCCGCCCCGGGACUGCGAGCCGCUGGAGCAGCAGACCCUGGGACAGAUCCUGCGCGCCGCGCCCGCUCCGAGUCCCCCCGGCGCGCCCCGAACUCGCAAUCACCUUAACGGGGAAGAGACGCCUCUGAAUUGUCUCUGCGCGCCUGGCUCCUACAGAAGCCAAGGGGCAGCCCCGCGGAGCGCAGUGAACUGAGGACUUCGCAAAGCAACGCUACCUUAUUAUUAAUUAUUAUUAUUAAUUAAUACAUCCAACCCCCCCCUCCUCCCAGCCCCGAAAACCGUCUCCCGUCUGAGAUCAAACCCUGACGAACUCGCCGCUCUUUCUCUAGCCCUUGAGUCUGGGGGGGGGGGGGGGGAAGGGGCAUUAGAGGGAAAUGGGUACUGCGGGGGGAGGAGAGAGUUGAUGAAAUCGCAUUUCCCAGACGGACAAACCUCUUGUUCGGCCCUUUGUUUUUAAAAGCCCCCCCCCCCCCAGCUGGAUGGCUCCUUUCACCCCGGUUAUCAUUUAAAACGAGCAGCACUCUUGGGAGCGCGCUUGGCUUCGGCCUCAGAACCAGCUGGGAGUUUGGGCAGAGGAACCUGGCACCAUCCGAACACCGUGGGAACGCGGCCCCGCUCCGCGCCGCUGGACGGGACACGAGGUGGCCGGGGAAAGCCCUGCGCUGCAGUGUCAAAGGGCUGCAGCCCGCUGGCUCCCAUCUGAACGCCCCGUGCUCUCUCGGCGAGCAGGAUCCGUCUGGCCCCAGUCCCCAUCGCUUCCUCCCCAGGGGCACACAGCAACAACUUUUCAUCUGCCCUACAAUCAUUUCGACGACCCUUUUUUAUACACGCCGUGUCCGGACUUGGCUUCUGGCAGGGAGGAAGAAGAAAGAGAAGAAAUCCUCCCGCUUUCCUCUUUGUAAAUAGAAGUAGCUGUACAUCAUCGUUCGCUGUAUUUUUUUCACGGUUCCUUGUUUUUGUCUGGCCACUUGAAAAGAUCAUGUACCCAUUGGACUCUCAGGGUAAAAUGGAAAACUCUAGGCUUGUCACUCCGCCACAGUGUUGGUAAGACAAUGGGUUAUUUUCUUUCGUGAUCUCACGAUUUUUACAUACUUUGAUCCUUUUUUAAAAAACAAAAAAACAAAAAAAACCCGACUAACAGGUACAAAUCAAAUCAAGUCCACGGACCGCAGAAGGAGUCGUGUCGGGUCAGUCCCACGUGGAGAGAGACGGUUAUUGGUUGCAAUUUUUUUUUUUUUUACAUUAAGCAUCUAUGUAUAUUUCUGGUCGUUACGAAAGUUUUAACUUUAUAAUUAAUGUAUAAGGUCUGGGAAGAAUGGGGAUCCAAAAUUAUAGAGAAAGAGAAAGCACUUUGUUUGCUAACAACUUUAAAUCACUCAAUAAACUUUAAGUAAACAGUGUCCUCCAGGCUCUGUGUGCGCCUCGUUUUUUAACGCUGAUAUCCGUGAGGCGGCAAGUUUCAGUUCAUUUUGGAGGAGAAACAAAUAACUAAACAGAAUCACUUCCCUUCUGUAGCUUUCUAAUAACUCACCUUCUGGUGCAAUGCCUUUCGGGAUCAGGUUUUUGUUCCCUUUGCCUUGAGACCCCUAUUAAACGUGGCUAGUUUAGUUACUUAUACACAAAGAAACUUUCUUCUUCUUUGCUGUGAGAGAGAACUUUACCUUAUUCGCUAUUUUUGCCUGGUUUUUAUUUUCUGAAUUAGCUUGUUUGAGCUCAAUAAUAGCCCCUCAACUCUGCGAUAUAAAAUAGAAACCGAAGUGUUGGGGCUGCAGGGGCUGCGA